AUGAAUCAAAAACAACAAAAGCAUUUUGUUCUUGUUCACGGUGUUUGCAUGGGAGCUUGGAAUUGGUACAAGCUGAUACCACAAUUAGAAUCUAUCGGUCACAAAGUCACAGCACUUAAUCUUGCAGCUUGUGGCACCAACACACACAAAAUAGAAGAUGUUCAUACUUUUGCAGACUAUUCUAAGCCUUUGUUAGAGUUCUUAGCCUCACUUGAUCCAAAUGAAAAAGUGAUUCUUGUAGGACAUAGCUUUGGUGGAAUGAGUACAGCUCUUGCAAUGGAAAAAUUCCCAGAAAAAAUAGCAGUUGGAAUUUUCAUAGCAGCUUUUAUUCCUGAUACCAUACAUCAACCAUCAUAUGUAAUACAAGAGUAUAUUGAAAGAUACCCAGCUUCUGGAUGGUUAGACAGUGAGGUUUUAUUUGAUGGAACCAAAAUGGUGAUACUUCCUGGCAUCAACUUCUUGUCCACUAAAUUCUUUCAACUUUGCUCCAUUGAGGACUUGGAAUUGUUGAAGCUUUUAAAAAGGGUAGGGUCAUUUUUUAUUGAGGAUUUGAGUGAGGCAAAGAAUUUCUCAAAAAAAGGAUAUGAAUCUGUUCAUCGUGUUUAUGUUGUUGCAAAUGAGGACUUGGCGAUUCCGGUGGAGUUUCAACAAUGGAUGAUACAAAAUGCUGGGAUUGAUGUUGUGAAUGUGAUUAAUGGAGCUGAUCAUAUGGCUAUGCUUUCCAAACCUCAAGAACUUCGUGUGUGUCUUCUUGAUAUUGUUGAAAAAUACGCAUAG